GGUUGUGUGGAUAUAGUUGCAGCUUUUUCUCCAGGUCGAAAUGGGAGGUUUGCAUUAUGUCUGUGUUCUGGCUUGCACUUUUUUCGUUUCUCAAGCAAAUGGACUCAAAACGUACCGAGACAUGUUCCCUCAUAAGCAUUCAGUAUCGAUGAAGUUUCCACCGAUCCCCGGUUGGAACCCAGACAGUAACCCGUGGGAUGACUAUCUUUACCCACCCUUCAGUCCCAAGGAACUAACGCGGAGGAAAGGUCAGCCCGUCAAAGUUCGCCUGACCAGUGACAGUCCUGCGAUCAUUGGCUCUAUGGUGUCAUUUACGGCCAAGCUAGAGUACCCACCGUGUCAGAAGGAGGAUGCCAAUGGGGAGCUGGUGUGGGAUGAGCAUUGUCCGGAUGCUAACGGUCAGCUGAAGCAUGGCUAUGUGUUUAACUGGACCUCCUGGCUAGAUGACUACGGCUUUGGAAAGUGUACUGACCUGAAGAGAUGUAAUGUCUUCCCAGACGGGAAACCCUUCCCUCAGAGCAACGACUGGAGACACAAGGGCUACGUCUACGUAUGGCACUCCAUGGGUCAGUACUCUGAGACGUGCGAUGGCUCCUCUUCCACCCUGACAGUGAACACCAGUGACAUCACUCUGGGUCCGGAGCUGAUAGAAGUCAUGGUGUACAGGAAACGUGAGCGCAGGAAGUACAGCCCCCUGGCCACAGACAAGACCGUCUUCUUCGUCACAGACAAGAUCCCAGUGGCGGUGAAUAUUUCCCAGAAGGCAGCAGCCAACCUGUCGGCGAGCGUGUUUGUGCGUGGUGAGGACGUGGUGUUCAGUGUGUCUAUUCACGAUCCCAGUAACUACCUGAAGACUGCCGAUGCCGUCGACUGCAUCUGGGACUUCAAGGACGGCAACCAGCUGGUCACCCAUAGCAACGUGGCCACGCAUGCCUACAGCGCGGUCGGCGAAGUUAACGUGAAGCUGACGGUGGAGGUGGCGAUCAAGAUCCCGUGCCCCCCGCCAACACCGAUGAGUGUUACUUCGCCACAAACUACAGCGGCCCCCACACCUCCCACUGGCACUCACUCCAUCACUAGCAAAAUGGAAACAACCCAUGGUUAUGUGCCAGUCACCACUGCCAGACCCACCUCCAAGGGCCCCAACACACCUGUUCCUGGGACAACGGGCUUCCCGACGACAGAGCCCCUCCCCCCGACGGUGGCUGAUGUGGCCCAGGGGUUCAACCCGACCUCGCUGCUGCCAGCUGUCCCCACCCCUUUGGCCCAGCUCCAUCACAGACACCUGGCGGCCACCGACUGCUUCCGCUACCUCUACGGAACUUUCCAGACCAACAUCACCAUCAUCGAGCACCUAAUCAACAACCAGCCAGCCAAUCGAAUCGUGGACGUGUCUGCUGCCAAGGUGACCAACACUGACAUCAGCUUCCUGGUCAAGUGCCUGGGCAGCACUCCCACCUCAGCCUGCACCAUCGUGUUGGACCCCUCCUGCCGCCAGGUCAGGAACAUCGUGUGUGACGACGUGCCCCCGUCUUUGGGGUGCGAGGUGCGCCUGCGGAGGACCUUCCUGGAGCCGGGGAUCUACUGUGUCAACAUCACCUUGGAGGAUGCCAGCAGUAUGGCCCUCGCCACCACCACCAUCACCAUCAGCAACACUGACCCUGACACACCCGUGUCUAAAGCUCCUCAUGCUGCAGAGGUUGUACUCUCCUCCAGUGCUAUCCUGGUAGCCAUCUUUGCCUUCAUCGCCUACAAGCGCUAUAAGGUCUACAGACCUGUGACGAGGUCCCUGGUGGAGGAUGCCAGUGUCCAUGUUGAGAUCGGGGGUCGUAGGGGCCGGCUGAGGGAGAUCAUAUUCCCCACCAACGAGGAGAGGAGUCGCCUGCUGAUGGACAGACGCCCCGUGUAGACCCACCGUCGGUACUACAGAAGGGAAGCAGAGCGAAAUAAAAUGAA